AUGGACUAUUCGGCAAAAUGCCGGCUGAUCAGGCUCAUUGAAGAAGAAGAGCCUAUAUGGAACACUGGAAGUGACGACUACUCUCGACUUGAUAAGAAAAAUGCAAGCUGGAAUAGAGUUCAUAAGGAAAUGCUCGAGUGUGGUUUUAAUGGAGGAAUGCUCGAGUUAAAAACAACAUGGAAGAAUCUCAGGGAUCAGUGGCGAAAGAAUACGCUGAACAAAAUGGCGGGGAACAGUUCAAAACAGUGGACAUUUGAAAAACAUCUUCUUUUUCUGGCUACAGCACAAACUGAAGUGAACAACAAAGAGUCCGCAGUGAGACGAUGGCUUACUGAAGAAUUCGGCGAAGCUGAGCCUGCGACAACUAAUUGCAAUGCCUUUUCACGAAUGAAUGCUGAAUUGAAGAAAGAGUUUAUUCGUCUUAUUAGAGAGGAAGAAAUGCUUUGGAAUACGGAAUGCAGGGAUUACUAUAGAUUGGAUAAGAAAAAUCUGGCGUGGUCAAGGAUACUGACCGGACUAGAAAGAAAAGGAUUUCGAGGAGGAUUGCUUGAUCUCAAAGCAACUUGGAAAAGUUUGCGAGAUACAAAAAGGAGGAAUUCUCAGCUGCCAAGUUCUUCCGGAAAACCGUGGAUUUUCGAGAAGGACAUGGAGUUCCUGGAUGCUGGAAGAAAUGAUUCAGUUCAAUUUUCUUCACACGUCGAAAAUGACUCGAAAGUUAAUAGCCUAGUUGAUAGCCCUCGAAGUUCUGCCACACCCGAAGAAAUGGCUGACGAAAGUGCUGAGGCUGACGAUGGGAAUGAUACUUUCUUCGUACCAGUCUCUGAAAUGGGAGGCGACAAAAGCCCGGAAAACGGUUCAGAGCCAUCACGAAAAAGGAGUUACGGCGGAGGAUUCAAUUCGAAGAAGAAAAAAAUGGACUCACUCCAAGAAGGUUUGGAUAUGAUACGCGAAAUCACGGCCUCUUUAAGGCAGAGGUUAUCAGCGGCAACUAUGGAUAAAUAUGACCGAUAUGGUGCCUUCAUUGCUUCAUCACUUCGAGAAAUGCCCGAAGCUGCUUCACAACGAAAAAUGGCGCAGUUGAUGGAUUGCUUGUUGAACCAAGGGAAUCGAACGUAG